CCCCAGAAUGCAGCGUGGAUAAAUGUGUUGCAGUCGUCUCGAGGGCCGGGUUGGUUAAAUGGUGGAACUGUGAGGGACAUUGGAUGACUUUCAGUGUCUCACUACAGUAGGGUUGUCGAUUUAUUUUCUAAAUUCUCCUUUUCCUCGAAACAUGGAGGCUCUUAUCCCAGUAAUAAACAAACUUCAGGAUGUCUUCAACACGGUGGGGUCUGAUGUUAUCCAGCUGCCGCAGAUUGCUGUUGUAGGAACACAGAGCAGUGGAAAGAGCUCCGUUUUGGAGAGCUUGGUGGGGAAGGACAUGCUUCCCAGAGGCACAGGGGUGGUGACUCGGAGACCCCUCAUCCUACAGCUGGUGAACCUGUCCCCAGAGGAUCGACGCAAAGCUGCAGGAGAAGAAAACGACCCCAACACAUGGAAAAAUGAACGCCUUUACAAAGGUGUUGAAACCGAAGAAUGGGGCAAGUUUCUGCACACAAAAAACAAGAUCUACACAGAUUUUGAUGAAAUCAGACAAGAGAUAGAAACUGAAACUGAAAGGAUUACUGGAAACAACAAGGGCAUCAGUGCCGAGCCCAUUCAUCUCAAGAUCUUCUCUCCUCACGUUGUGAACCUGACUCUGGUGGAUCUGCCAGGGAUUACAAAGGUUCCUGUUGGGGAUCAGCCGAAAGACAUUGAAAUCCAGAUCCGAGAUCUGAUCCUACGUUACAUCAGUAACCCCAACAGCAUCAUCCUGGCUGUGACGGCUGCCAACACUGACAUGGCCACCUCAGAGGCGCUGAAGGUGGCCAGGGAGGUGGACCCUGAUGGUAGAAGGACCCUGGCGGUCAUCACCAAACUGGACCUGAUGGACGCAGGCACUGAUGCCAUGGACGUGCUCAUGGGCAGAGUCAUUCCAGUGAAACUGGGGAUCAUAGGCGUUGUCAACAGGAGUCAGUUGGAUAUCAAUAAUAAGAAAAUUGUGGCAGAAGCCAUCCGAGAUGAAUAUGCCUUUCUGCAAAAGAAGUAUCCUUCUCUAGCCAACAGGAAUGGAACCAAAUACCUGGCCAGGACUCUGAACAGGUUGUUAAUGCAUCACAUCCGCGAUUGUUUGCCUGAGCUGAAGACCAGAAUCAACGUGCUGGCUGCCCAGUACCAGUCUCUGCUCAACAGCUACGGGGAGCCGGUGGAGGACAAGAGUGCCACGCUGCUGCAGCUCAUCACCAAGUUCGCUUCCGAGUACUGCAACACCAUCGAGGGUACUGCCAAGUACAUCGAGACCUCCGAGCUGUGUGGUGGCGCUAGGAUUUGCUACAUAUUUCAUGAGACCUUUGGCCGCACAUUAGAGUCGGUGGAUCCUCUAGGUGGACUCACUACCAUAGACGUCCUAACUGCCAUCAGAAACGCCACGGGGCCCCGUCCUGCUCUGUUUGUCCCUGAAAUCUCCUUCGAGCUGCUCGUGAAGCGGCAGGUGAAGAGGCUGGAGGAGCCGAGCCUGCGCUGUGUGGAGCUGGUGCACGAGGAGAUGCAGAGGAUCAUCCAGCACUGCAGCAACUACAGCACGCAGGUACAGGGGGCCGGAGGGGCAGGGAACCGGGAUUACAACCUCAUCUCCAACACCCUAGUCUCCCACUCUGUCCUCAGGGACACGCAGUUGACCA